GGCCAGGCACAGCAGGCACCCUGCAGCACCGCCGUGGUAGGUCUGCCUGCUCCUUCCUGCGGGGACAGCUGGGGUCUGCUCGGCACACAGGGCACCACUGUGGGACAGCACUGCACUUGGAGGAUGUGGGCUCUCGGCUCUUGUGGCGUCUGCUGCCUGGGCAUCGCUGUCUUCACAUGUGGCGUGGUGAUGCAGGUUGGGGCCUGGACAUACUAUUACAGUGAGGAGGACUAUGAGUGGGACGAUGCCAGGACAUACUGCCAGACGUUCUUCACCGACCUGGUGGCCAUCCAGAACAAGGAGGAGAUUGAGUACCUCAAUCGCACCCUGCCCUAUCAUGGCAAAUACUACUGGAUUGGCAUCCGCAAGCUGAGAGGUAUCUGGACCUGGGUGGGCACCAAGAAAGCACUGACAAAGGAAGCGGCCAACUGGGCCACCGGGGAGCCCAACAACCGCAAGUUCAACCAGGACUGCGUGGAGAUCUACAUCAAGCGGUCGUCAGAGGCAGGCAAGUGGAACGAUGAGCCUUGCACGAAGAAGAAGAAGAAGGCACUGUGCUACAAGGUCUCCUGCCAGCCCCUGAUCUGCGGCCUGCAUGGUGACUGUGUGGAGGUCAUCCAGAGCUACAAGUGCGAGUGUCACCCCGGCUUUGAAGGGGACAAAUGUGAGAAUGCUGUGCAGUGCCCCAUACUCGAACCCAGAGGAGCAUACAUGAACUGCAGCCAUCCGUUUGGAGACUUCAGAUAUAACUCCACCUGCACCUUCUGGUGCCCAGAAGGGUUUGAACGGCGAGGUGCGGAUGAGCUGCAGUGCCUGGCUGAUCGGCAGUGGUCGGUGGAGACCCCCACAUGCACAGCUAUCACCUGCCCAGAGCUCAGAGCUCCAGAGCAUGCAGAGCUGAACUGCUCCCACCUUCAUGGGAACUUCGCUUUUGGCUCCAUCUGUGACUUCUCCUGCCAGCCAGGGUUUGAGCUCAUGGGGUCACAGAGUCAUGAGUGCAUGGCCACGGGGAACUGGACUGGAGACAUUCCACGUUGCAAAGCUGUCACCUGCCCAGUACUUAGUGCUCCAGAGCAUGGAGAGCUGAACUGCUCCCACAUCCAUGGAAACUUCACCUUUGGCUCCACAUGUGACUUCUCCUGCCUGCCAGGGUUUGAGCUCAUGGGGCCACUAAGCCAUGAGUGCACAGCUAUGGGGACCUGGACUGGGGACACCCCACAGUGCAAAGCCAUCAGCUGUCCAGUGCUCAGAACUCUAGAGCAUGGAGAGCUGAACUGUUCCCAUCCCCAUGAAAACUUCACUUUUGGCUCCAUAUGUGAUUUCUCCUGCCAGCCAGGGUUUGAGCUCAUGGGGUCACAGAGUCAUGAGUGCAUGGCCACGGGGAACUGGACUGGAGACAUUCCACGUUGCAAAGCUGUCACCUGCCCAGUACUUAGUGCUCCAGAGCAUGGAGAGCUGAACUGCUCCCACAUCCAUGGAGACUUCACCUUUGGCUCCACAUGUGACUUCUCCUGCCUGCCAGGGUUUGAGCUCAUGGGGCCAGUGAGCCAUGAGUGCACAGCUAUGGGGACCUGGACUGGGGACACCCCACAGUGCAAAGCCAUCAGCUGCUCAGUGCUCAGUGCUCCAGAAUACGGAGAGCUAAACUGCUCCCACAUCCAUGGAAACUUCACCUUUGGCUCCACGUGUGCCUUCUCCUGCCAGACAGGGUUUGUGCUGAUGGGGCCGCAGAGCCGUGAAUGUAUGGCUAAAAGAACCUGGACUGGGGACACCUCACGAUGCAAAGCUGUCACCUGCCCAGUGCUGAGUGCUCCAAAGCAUGGAGAGCUGAACUGCUCACAUCUCCAUGGGAACUUCACCUUUGGCUCCAUAUGUGACUUUUCCUGCCAGUCAGGGUUUGAGCUCAUAGGGCCAGAGAGCUGCGAGUGCACAGCUAUGGGGACCUGGAGCAAGAACACUCCACAGUGCAAAGCCAUCACCUGCCCAGUGCUUGGUGCUCCAGAGCAUGGAGAGCUGAACUGCUCCCACAUCCAUGGAAACUUCACCUUUGGCUCCACAUGUGACUUCUCCUGCCUGCCAGGAUUUGAGCUCAUGGGGCCAGUGAGCCAUGAGUGCACAGCCAUGGGGACCUGGACUGGGGACACCCCACAGUGCAAAGCCAUCACCUGCUCACUGCUUACUGCUCCAGAGCAUGGAGAGCUGAACUGCUCCCAUGUCUAUGAGAAAUUCACCUUUGGCUCCAUCUGUGACUUCUCCUGCCAGACAGGAUUUGAGCUGAUUGGGCCACAGAGCCGUGAGUGCAUGGCCACUGGAACCUGGACUGGGGACACCUCGCAAUGCCAAGCCAUCAGCUGUCCAGUGCUGGAUGCCCCCAGCCAUGGCCACCUCAACUGCUCUCAUACACAUGGGAACUUCACAUUCAACUCCACUUGCAGCUUUUCCUGCAAAGAAGGAUUUAUCCAGAUGGGAGCAGAGAUGCUCAGGUGUUCAGCCACAGGGAACUGGACCAGGCAUCCCCCAGUCUGUGAAGAGGAUUCUGCUGCUUUUUUGAAACAAGUUCUGGUUUACACCAGCACCAGUGCCCUGGCAGCAAUUGGCCUUGUGCUUUCCGGAACGCUCAUCGCCUUGCUUGCCAAGCAGCUCAGCGACAGAGAGGAGAAGAAGAAGCUCCUGAACCCCACCAGUGACCUGGGGGCACCAGGCAUCUUCACCAAUGCAGCCUAUGACUCCACCUUGUAAGGUGAAUGCCAGCACAGUGCUUGCAGCACACUGGAAGGCAAAGCGGAGCCAGAAGCACUGUCCCCACCAGCUCCGAGCCCUGACUGCACUUCGCUUUGCCCUGCAGACCCUCGCUGCCUGCUGGCCUGAAGCUGCACUCGGGGGCUGGGAGGGCAGAGCUGUGUACCUGCCCUAGUCUACACCCACGCGUGGGCAAGGCCGCUGAAGAGCAGCAGGGACGUGGAAAAGCGGACUGUAGCCCCCCUCCCGUCCCCGGCCUGCUGCUGGGGCCGGGUCCGUGCCAACGGGCUCUCAAUAAACGCCUUUGCCCUCGA